UGUAUUUGUAACUUUGACAUUUGCCAUAGCCGGAGCCGGCUUCUUGUUGAUAAACAUUUCCCAGUCUAGCUGCUGAUGCUGUUCUAUUAAACUCGAUAUUUCCGGAAGUGAUACAUAUAAAAAUGGGUUUCAGUAGUAGAAAACUUCUUUACAACACGGUCCUAUCACAAACGUUGUCAGAAUGUGGGAAUUUCCUGUUUGUUGGAAACAACUUUGGUGACAUUUUUAUCUUAAGCUUGGAACGCCUGGAAGCUAACAACGUUGAAUACGACGCCAAGGAGUUACCCAACAAAUCCCCACUGGAGCCCACAUUAAUUUUCACGGUAGACUCCAAAGCUGCAGUGAACAGUCUAAAAUUUCAUCGCGGCUUCCUCAUUGUCGGCACUGUUGGCUCGAUCGCGGGAUACGUCUGGAACGAGGAUAAGCAGCAGAUCGGCAAGAAGUCUUGGGAAGUGAAAAUACCGUCCGCCCCGGAAUCGAUAGAAGCGGCUGAUGUCAACUUUAUGUGGGUGGAUAAGGCCUCCGAUAACUUGUUCGCCGGCUGCGGGGACCACGCUGUCUAUCAAAUUUCCUUAGAGGACGGCCGAAUGGUUCGGACGUUUUCGGGGCACAAGGACUACAUCCACUGCGUUACUGGCUUGGAGAACAAUUUGUAUUCCGCAUCUGAAGACGGUACCAUCGUAUUUUGGGAUAUUAGAGAGUGCAAACAAGUUGGCCGGCUGGAACCCCACACAAACGCUGAUUUGGCACGUCCUGAGUUUGGGAAAUGGCAAGGGACGGUUUCUGUUACAAACGACUGGCUCAUUUGUGGCGGAGGACCCAGAGCGUCGAUGUGGCAUCUCCGGUCGUUGGAGUGCACAAAUAUCCUGCCGUUCCCCGAGAAGGUCCAUUGCUCUGAGUUUCUCGACGAUUUGAUUGUAAUUGCAGGGGAACAUCCCUUCUUGCAUCAGUACAGCUUUAAUGCGGAAGUGGUGGCGGAAGUUCCGAUCUCGGGAGCUUCGGCGUACAGUGUCGUCCUUCAAAAUGAACCGAUCAAACUCAUGUCAGUGGGGGGUGCCAGUAACUUUUUGGAUAUUUACACUAAUUUCAAUUAUAGAGAUUUGAUUGUUAAAUUGUACAGUAGUAAGAAGGAUUAAAUGUAUUUCCGAUGUA